UUGAAGUGUAGUUUGUGGUAUAAAUGAAUGCAAAGAGAAAAACAAGCAUCCAGAUUGGGAAUAAAUGUAUUUUAAAAUCUUUCUUUUUGUUUACUUUUAGUGUCUCUUUUUUUAAACUCUGUAAGUUUCAGAUGUCAAGAAGACCAUCUAAUUUACAUUCCAAGUGCAUACAUUAAAGAAAGUUGUUAUCAAGAUCUUUACGACGUGAAAAUGGGUCAACGCUUCUCCAAACACAGACUGACAGCCGUAGACAGCCCUCCAUCACGUUGCUUUUCAGUAAGUGAAGAAGUGCCACCCUACUUCUCAUCUUACAGCUCCACCACUGAGUCAGGUAUCAUCAUGGAUUCGCCAGGUGAUAGGACACGAAGGACAUCGGAAGUUAAGGACUCAAGCCCAGACAGCAGGCGGCCUUCGGAAGUUAAGGACUCAAGGCAAGACAGUAGACGACCUUCCAUAUACAGCACUAUGGAUGCUAUGCCACACUUUGAGUUUUAUGCCAAUGCCACUGCCACAGGCCGCAUCAGGCGCAGUAGGCCAUCACUGGAAACUCUUCGUAAGGCUUUGGACAAUGAAGAAUCGGCCGGUAACAUUAGUGACUCAGGUACAGGCAGUCUUGCAGUGAUGAAAAAAAUUGAAAAUGGUUCAGAGGAAAAUGGUCCAGUAGAAAAGACCCAUCAACCUGUGCGUUUUGGAUGGGUCACCGGGGUUAUGAUUCGCUGUAUGUUGAAUAUUUGGGGAGUCAUUUUGUUUCUACGCUUGUCCUGGAUCACAUCUCAAGCUGGAAUCAUUCUUACAUGGGUAAUCAUUCUCAUGUCAGUCCUUGUAACCUCAGUAACUGCAUUGUCCAUAUCUGCCAUUUCUACCAAUGGUAGAGUCUCCUCUGGGGGUGCAUACUUUAUGAUCUCUCGCACCCUGGGUCCGGAGUUGGGAGGUCCAAUUGGUGUUGUUUUUUCUUUCGCCAAUGCCCUUGGGUGUGCACUUAACACAGUUGGCUUUUCAGAGACUGUCAGAGAUCUUCUAAUUGAGUAUAAAGCCCAAAUGGUGGAUCCAGUCAACGAUGUCAGAAUCAUAGGUUCCAUUACAGUCACAGUGCUUCUUCUCAUCUCAAUGGCUGGGAUGGAAUGGGAGUCUAAGACUCAGAUCCUGUUUUUCAUGGUGAUUAUGGUGUCAUUCAUCAACUAUUUUGUUGGCACUGUUAUUCCAGCGACUCCAAAGAAACAGUCAAUUGGUUUCUUCAGUUACCAGAGUGAUAUUUUCUUGGAGAACCUGUUUCCAGACUGGAGAGGACCAGACAGCGGCUUCUUCCAAAUGUUUGCUAUCUUCUUUCCAUCUGCCAUUGGAAUUCUUGCUGGAGCCAAUAUUUCAGGAGAUCUAAAGGAGCCAGAGACUGCGAUACCAAGAGGAACAUUAAUGGCUAUAUUCAGUACCACCAUAAGCUAUUUACUCAUAUCCUCAACUGUGGGAGCGUGUAUGGUGCGUGACGCAUCUGGUAACAUGAAUGACAGUUUGGCACUGAACUUUACUGAAGUAUGUGAUGGUCUGGGAUGCAGUUUGGGCUGGAACUUUACAGAAUGUGAGCAAAAUCAUGACUGCUCCUAUGGCCUGGCCAACAACUUCCAGGUACUGAUCCAAGUCUCUGGGUUUGGACCACUGAUCUAUGCUGGCAUAUUCGCAGCCACUUUGUCAUCUGCCCUUGCAUUCCUAGUCUCCGCUCCCAAAAUUUUCCAGUGUCUCUGUAAGGACAAUAUCUACCCGUACAUUGGCUUCUUUGCAAAGGGAUAUGGAAAAAACAAUGAGCCAUUACGUGCCUAUGUUCUGUGUUACUUCAUUGCUCUGUGCUUCAUUUUGAUUGCUGAAUUGAACACCAUUGCUCCUCUUAUCUCCAACUUUUUCCUAUGUUCUUAUGCUCUUAUCAACUUCAGCUGUUUCCACGCGUCUAUUACCAACUCCCCUGGAUGGAGGCCAUUGUUUCGGUAUUACAGUCCCUGGAUAGCUUUGUUUGGGGCUGUUAUAUCUGUCAUACUCAUGUUCUUGCUUACCUGGUGGGCAGCUCUCCUCACAUUUGGUAUAAUCAUCUUUUUGUUUGGCUAUGUGGCCUACAAGAAACCAGAGGUAAACUGGGGUUCUUCUAUCCAGGCAAGUACCUACAACAUGGCGCUAUCCUACACAUUAUCUCUUGCAGGAGUGGAAGACCAUGUCAAAAAUUAUAGGCCUCAGUGUCUGGUUCUGACUGGUGCUCCAAUUAUGCGUCCAGCGUUGGUCGACUUUGUUGGAUCUUUCACUAAGAAUGUCAGUCUGAUGAUCUGUGGAGACAUUCUAUUGGGGGAUGAAAAAUCUGUUAUGUCCCAACAUAAUACAACGGUUAUGGUAAAAUGGCUCAAUCAGAGGAAAGUUCGAGCCUUCUACACAGCCCUCAAGGCAUCUAGUUUGAGAGAAGGAACACAGCAUCUUUUGCAGACCUCUGGCUUGGGAAAGUUGAAGCCUAAUAUAGUUGUGAUGGGUUUCAAAACAAACUGGCAAGAAGCAACGCCUCAUGGCAUAGAUGACUAUAUCAAUACCAUAUAUGAUUCUUUUGACUCAAAUCAUGGAGUCUGUGUUCUUCGCAUGAUGGGCGGCCUGGACAUUAGCGAUGAAUUACAGACUGAGGUAAACCUGACUUUUGAGAUGGGUGAAGCCAUUGAAGCUGAACAGCAAAAUUCAUAUGCCACCUCAGACAUUUAUGACACAAAAAAUACUGCAAACGAACAGAUCAAAACAGUGUUCCAAACCAUACAGGGAAAGAAUAAUAUUGAUGUGUACUGGAUCUCUGAUGAUGGAGGUUUAACUCUUUUAGUACCCUACCUGUUGACAAGAAGGAAACGCUGGAGACAAAGCAAAGUCAGAGUGUUCAUUAUUGGAAAACAGCAAACAAUGGAAGAAGAUCGCAAAGAAAUGAUGAAUAUGCUUCAGCGUUUCCGUUUGGAUGUUCAUGAUGUCAUCGUUAUGACAGACAGCGAACAACCGCCACUUGCCAAAAACACAAGGCGCUUUGAGGACCUUAUCACCCCCUUCACUGUAAAUGAAAGACAGCUUGAUGAGAGGACAGUACAACAGCAAAGGAAGGCGUGUCCAUGGAAAGUUACAGACAAAGAGAUAGAAGCUCUUAAACUCAAGUCGGAAAGAAAAGUGAGGCUAAAUGAGAUCAUCAGGAAGAAUUCUAAGAAUGCUGCGCUGGUUCUAGUGUCUCUCCCUGUUCCCCAGGCCGAUUGUCCUAGUUCUCUUUAUAUGGCCUGGUUGGACACACUAAGCUGCGGUCUACACUGUCCAGUCCUUCUCAUAAGAGGAAACCAGCAAAACGUCAUGACAUUUUACUGCCAAUAAAUGUCAACACCCCUAGACACUAUCGCACACAUAUUCAUUUACCUCUUGAACGUCAUUGAAUUUGAUAUAGAAUAUUGUUAGCUGUCUCUUUAGAUAAAACGUGAUCAAUCAAGCCUAGUGCCAUUUGCCGCCAAAUGCUCUGAGCCUUUCUCAGAACUGAAAUAAAGGGAUAGUUCACAAAAAAAAGAAAAAAAUUCUCUCUUCAUUUACUCAUUUUUAUGUUGUUCUAAACUUGUAUAAAAUUCUUUGUUCCGAUGAACAUGAAGAAAGCUAUUUUGAGUAA